AUGAGUGAUCACAUGAGCACAUCUAAGAACUACCCUGGUCAAGAUAAGCGAGGCAUUAAAUCAUCAUAUUAUGGAUUUUUGAAGGCUAGUCAUGAUAUCAUUAUUGAUACAAUAUCAUCUACAGAUACAUGUGACAGACUUAACACUAUCUGGUUUCGUCACUUUCUAAUGGAAGCAAAAUUACAAUUAAAAUGGGAAAUUUUUGUUGAAAGAAUUACUGUGUUGACAACCUUGGUAACCAACCCAAGAUCUCAAUUCAGGCAUCCUACUUUGUCGUUGAUAAAGUCUGCUAAUUCUGGAGGAGGAAUUGGCUAUGCAAUAGUAGAAAAUUCACGUUAUACAAAUUAUUUGCAAGCAUUAUGGAAAAAUAUUUUCAAGGAAUAUAAAAAAGAAAAUUUAGUACCUGCUGCUACAUCUCACUCAAAAAAUGCAAUUAAUGUUUCUGCUAAAGAAUUAUCUAAAAUUUUUCAAUCAGGUCAUAAUAAGAAAACUGAAAAGAAUACUGAAAAUACUCUUCAAGUUAAACAAAAGGAUGAACUGAAUACUGAAAAAAUUACUCUUCAAGUUAAACAAAAGGAUGAACUGAAAAGAGUAAGAGAUGAUAAUGAUACUGAUACAGAGAGUUCAUCUACUGAACACUGGAAAAAACAAAGCCGAAUUUUAAAACAAAACAAGGAUAAUUUAGUAUAUAGACAAGUUGUUGAUGAUGCAAUUGUUAUUGCUUCAGCACAUAAAAAUCUUAUUGCAGAUAGUAAUAUUAUACCUUUUAUUAAAAUUCUCAAGACCUCUUUACUAAAUAGAUCACAAAUGUCUCUAUCUUCAGCAAAUGAACCUGUACUUCAGGCAAUUGUAGAAAAACUUUUGCCACCAAAUUAUUGUAUUCCAGAACUUUCAUUAGUAAUUAAUGGUAAAAAGCCCAAAGGUUCAGGUCGUUUUGGUUAUUCAGAUAUUUUUAUUUUAAGUAAUACAGGAAAUAAUAAUGUUGGUCUAGAAUUAAAAUAUAUUUCAUUAGUUGGCCUUAUUAAUAUAAAUCAAAAAAAUAAUUUUGGUGCAAAUGAACUAGAAAAUCUAGAUAAAAUACUUGAAAAGGAAAAUAUAGAAUCUGUAUUAAAAAGACCAUAUUCAUAUUGGUCAAAAGAGGAUAAAAAAACAAAUUUAACAACUAUAGGUGAAAUACUAAAUAAUGGGAUUGAUCAAUUAAGCUUAUAUAUGAAAACAGUUUCAAAAGGAAAAGCUACUAAUUAUUCUAGCUCAGGGAUACUUGAUAGACGUGUUAAAGUAUCUAAAUCUAACCCUAAUAAGUUAAAAGGAUUUGUUAUAUUAGUUAUUGGUUUUCGCCGCAUUUUAUGGAAAUCUGUUGAUGAUGUAACAACCAACUAUAUAUAUAAUAAGAUAUAA